UAGAGACCAGAUACUAACUCUCUCUUUCUCUCUCUCCUCAGGGACCCCAACAAGCCUGUUCCUCAGGACACUAAGUUCAUCCACACUAAGGCUAACCGCUUCGAGGAGGUAGCCUGGUCUAAGUACAACCCCCAGGAUCAGCUGUACCUCCAUAUCGGCCUGAAGCCCCGCGUCAGGGACCACUACCGAGCCACCAAGGUGGCCUUCUGGAAACACCUGGUGCCCCACCUGUACAACCUCCAUGACAUGUUCCACUACACCUCUACCACCACUAAGGUCCCCCCGUCCGAGACGACCCAGAACUCCCUGUCCACUAAGAAGACGUGGCCCUUCAACACCAAGCGGCCCCCCAUGUCCCCGGCCUACAACAACGAGGAUAAUGAGGCGUGGAACGGAGACGAGGAGACCGGCCCGUUGGUCAUAGAGAAUCCCAGGGACUACUCUACGGAGCUCAGCGUCACCAUCGCCGUGGGAGCCUCGCUACUCUUCCUCAACGUUCUAGCCUUCGCAGCGCUUUACUACCGGAAGGAUAAACGGAGGGAGGCUUCGGCAGGUCGCCGCGGCCAACCCAGCCCACAGACCCGCCACGGCCAGGCUACGUCCAACGACAUCAGCCACCACCAGCGUCCCAACGAGGAGGAGAUCAUGUCCCUGCAGAUCAACCAGACGCACCACGAGUGUGAGGCGAUGGGGGUGGGGAACCCGGGGAAUGACGAGGGGCUGCGUCUGGCCUCGCUUCCCGACUACACUCUGACCCUGCGGAGGUCACCGGACGACAUCCCUCUGAUGACCCCCAAUACCAUCACCAUGAUCCCAAACUCUCUGGUGGGGAUGCCCAACCUUCACCCGUACAACACUUUCACAGCCGGGUUCAACUCCACCGGCCUGCCCCACUCCCACUCCACCACCCGGGUAUAGCUUUACGGAGGAGAGGGAUGGUGGAGGAGAGGAGAGGGUGAUGGAGCAGGAGAAGAGGAUUCUGUUUUUAUAAAUAUCACAGGGAAAGGGUUUGGGGGGAGGGGAGGAGAGGGAAGGCAGGAAUAAGUGAGUGGGAUUAAAAAGUCAAGAGAUUUAACGAGACUUUUACUACCAAGAAGAGGACGGAGAGUGUCUGAGAGGAGAGGAGAGCUCACUGCUUUCUGUGUGGAUGUCAAGUUGUGCAGAGCUGCCAAAAUCAAAUUGCUAGUCCUCCCUGCCUCGAUGGAAUGGGACUGAGGAGGGGCCCGUUCUGCUGUGUUUUGUUUUCUAAUAAUCAUUUUAAAAGCCUUUUUAAGCAGACUGACAGGGGAAAUUAUCAACACAUUCUUCUUGAAUUCAUAACACCAAGAGAAAAGUGCUUUUGUCUUUCACAUCUUUGUCUCUCCUGUGGAAGACAGAACAGACCUCAAACAAAGGCCUCUACCAGGAAAUCAGCAUUAUGUUUGAGUCGCUUAUUUUGUUUUGUUUCAAUGCCUUACAAAAGCUUGUCUUGUUUCGAUUUGUUUUUAAUCCUUCUUCAUUUUCUAUUGUUCCCAGAGACUAUUCCGUGUGGAGCGUGUCAUAUUUUGACUCAAAAGACACAAGUGACUGAAUCAUGAACUGAACUGAACUGGUACCAAGAGUAUCAACUCUACUGCAGUGUUGAAGAUGCAGAGAAUUAAAAAGCAUCUUGGUGCAGCUAUCUUCUCUGUUGCGUACCCACACAACAGCUACAGCCACACAGAUGGUGGUAUCUUUUUUUAUCUCCCAUAGAAAGGAUUUGUCUGGAAUAGACUCUGCCAUCCUAGAUGACACCACAGAGAUAACAACUAUGUUACUGUGAUUGUUUUGUUAAGAAAAGAAAAAAAAAGUCCAUAUUUUGCAACCAAUUUAAUCUGUUAAGCGAUCUGAUCUUAUCUUUCUCCACGAAGUGUGCACUUUUACACACACACACGCACACACACACACACUGCUCAGCGCACCUGUGUGUCGGUGUGCAUAUAAACAUGGUUGUGUGUGCGUGUGUACUUGCGUGUGUGCAUAUGUUUGCACAUGUGUGUGCAAGCGUGUAUGUUUGCGCACCAGCGUAUCCGUGCACACGCGUGUGUGUGGGCUUACACAACUGUUUCUUGUGUUUGUAGGGCGUUGUAUGUGGCGGCAGGAUCGGAGGGGGUGGAGGGCGGGAGUUCUUUCUCAUCUUGUUCAUUCGGUUUUCUGUCACCAGUGUUUACGCUGCAGCUGUGUCUCUGGGUGUACGUCUUCACUGCGAAAUAGCACUUUUGUUAUUUGAUAAAAAAAUAUAUGUCUAAUUUUGCUUAAAGUUGACAAAAAUAAAUCUAUUAUUUUACGUGUAAGAUAUAAAAAAAAAUUGCUAAAGAUUCAACUGAACUAACUGACUGGAUUCCAUUGAGUUUAUAAGAGAGGGAGAGAAUCUCUUGAAAAGCAGACAGUGACCUGUCUGAAUAAACUACAUCAGUGCUCUUGGGUUUCUUUGAAUAUACUGUAUAUAUAUAUAAAUAUGGGCAUACAUACACAUACGUAUAGGGCUUUUACACAGACAUAUCCCUCCCAUGAAACUACUCUACUAGUGAACUACUGUUAAGCAGUGCAGAGAGGUAACUACACUAGGUAACUAGUUCUACUGUUAAGCAGUUCAGAGAGGGAACUACACCAGGUAACUAGUUCUACUGUUAAGCAGUUCAGAGAGGUAACUACACCAGGUAACUAGUACUACUGUUAAGCAGUUCAGAGAGGUAACUACACCAGGUAACUAGUACUACUGUUAAGCAGUUCAGAGAGGUAACUACACCAGGUAACUAGUACUACUGUUAAGCAGUUCAGAGAGGUAACUACACUAGGUAACUAGUACUGCUGUUAAGCAGUUCAGAGAGGGAACUACACCAGGUAACUAGUACUACUGUUAAGCAGUUCAGAGAGGUAACUACACCAGGUAACUAAUUCUACUGUUAAGCAGUUCAGAGAGGUAACUACACCAGGUAACUAGUUCUACUGUUAAUAUCAAACUGAAAGCACCACCAACAUGUAUGAAGGUAAUUUCUGUGUACGUGCUGUCUUCAUCAUCGAUAACAUCAUGAAGCUGAACAACCGACUGCUCCAGGUGGCUUUGUACGAGCUCUAUAUGUAUAUUUAUGUAUAAAUAUAUUUAAUAUUUAUUUAUGUAUACCAGAUGCAUACAUGCUGAUUGUGCCAUGUGCCAAAUUAAAACCAGAAAAAUGGAAACGUUUCACUAAA